GUGGGGCUCCUGGCGCUGGGCACGCACCCGACACUGACUCUGGAGGCCGUCACAAUGCUGCGCGACUUUGCCUUCGGUGCUGCUGCCGUCAAGGUUCGCCGCACUCUCGGCAUCACGUACAAAUGCGCCGUCUUCCCAGACAUGUGCAGCGAAGGCUCGGAGAAUCUCGAGGAUCCCCUGGCCGCCCUCAUCGGGCGCUUCGAGUCGCCGCCACCUUAUGAGCGCUACACCUUGCAGGUCAUCUCAGAGGCCGUCUCGGACAUCGCUGCACACCUUCUGGGGUCCAUGGCCAUCGAUGCUAUUGUGUGCACCAGCCCUUUCGUCGUGUCCGUUCCGGUGGAAGAGCCCCAGGAGACGGUCCGCGCCUCCGCAGCAAGCGACCCGUGGCCGCUGGCGACGUGGUCGGACUCUGACAAUGUCGGAUCCUCCAAGCUGUUUUCCUUGCACGCAUCCACUCUGCUGCAUGCCCUGGAGUUCCUUGCCCUCCCAGAGAUCGGUCACUCCUUGGCAUCGGUUUGUCGGUUCCUCCAAGGGCUCCGUGGCUCCUGGCCGCCCUGGAAGCGCUUUGCGGAGGCGCUGCGGCCGACGAGGAUUCGCCUGCCGUCGCUGCACUCCCGAAGACUCGAGGAGCUCGGAGACUUGGCAGAGGAUCUCCAGAGAGCUACGAAGAGCUUCAAAGGAAACCAAACGAUCCCCCCGGAUCCCCACACCUUCAGCUACAGCGAGCUCCCAUUGCCACGUGUGGUUUGGUCUCUGCACAGCGAAGGCCUCUCCCAGUGGCGGAGGGUCUGCUCCUCGCUGGUGGAUGCAGAGUUUGCAAUACUUCCUCCAUGGGAUCGAGCUCCAAGACGGAGCUUUCUCCCACGAAAGGUUCAGAUGCACCUUGGUGUGAGCCUGUGGCUGCCGCCAGAAGAGGUCGGCGAUCCAAGGGACUCUUUUCCUAUGCUUAAACUGAGGAUGGCACUGGCAGAACCCCAGCACUUCGAAGCCCUGGCCGAGCGUCACCCGCAGCAGCCUCCAUGCAUAUCAGCGAAAUGCGAUGCCGUGCUUUUGAGGCUUCCGAGCCUGGGUCGCGAGGCCACGCUGGAGGAGUGGAACUGCCAAGCGUUCUGCUUCGGCCAGGCAGGCUACCACCACUCUGGCUAUGGAGCCCUGGAUGGGUACAGGUACGAGACCGCAACUCGUGCGAAGAAGCGAUGGCGCCCUCCAGACCUCUGCUUCGCGCGGGCCGGCGAGGAGCGCUCCUCGGCGAGUCUGCACCUGUUACUCCGAAGUCGCCGUUGCUUUGAGGGGCUGUUCGAGUGA